UUGUAUUUUACGUUACGCAUUAAGUGAACAGUCCCCAAUAGCCAUCAAAAAAUAAUCAUAUUGUAAACCCAACAGAUCCGCUGUAUUUAUUGACAAAAAUCAAUUUGUCAGCAUGGGAAAAAAUAAAUUAAAAAUACAGGAUGCAGAUAAGUUGAAUAUCCUCUGUCUACACGGAUAUCGUCAGAAUGGCGAUGGCUUUAGAUCCAAGACUGGAAGUUUUAGAAAGUUUGUGAAGAAUUAUGCUAAUUUUACGUACAUAACAGCUGAUCAUUUUGCAAAACCUUUGAAUGAAGGCGAUGAAAUUGAUGAGAAUCAAAGGAGCUGGUGGUUUAAUAAGGAAGAUGGAAGCUUUAAAGGCACGAAUGAGAAUAGUGCUCCUGCUGUUGGAUUCCAAGAAAGCAUAAAACUAGUUGAAAAAGUGUGGAAUGAAGGAAAUUAUCAAGGAAUUUUGGGAUUCUCGCAAGGAGCUAGUUUUGUGUCCUUAAUUUGCAGCAUGAGUGAGAGAAAUUUGACAUCAAUUAAGCCCAGAUUUGCUGUGCUCACCGCUGGAUUCCGUUCUGGAUCUUUAGUCCAUCGAGGAUGUUAUGAAAAUAAGAUCACAAUACCUUCCUUACAUGUCUAUGGAAUGAAUGACGAAAUCAUCCCAAAUACAUACAGUGAAAAACUCCGUGAUGCCUUUGAAGCUCCACAAUUCAUUACACAUGAAGGAGGACAUUAUUUCCCAGCUACAGCUAAUGAGAAACAGACAUACGUCAGCUUCUUUCAAGAUCAACUGCAGUCAUAUCUUGAGGAUCGAGAAAUGAAAGUCAAUGGUGUAGCUACUCAAAAUGACGAGGAAGAAGAUGAAGUGGAAAGUUAAAAAUCUCCUUAAUUAAUUUAUUUUGAUUCCUAUUAGAUCAAUUUUUAUGUAAAACUUAUAACUUAAUGGAUUAUUAAAUGAUUCUACUGGAUU